AUGUCCCUAGAUGAGAUGUUUCGGGGAAAUCGAGUUCAAGCCUGUUAUUACACAACCCGUGAAAUCUUAUCACCCAAAAUACCGAGCCGUUACACCGUCGUACAGGAGACAGACAACAACUCAUCCUGCCACCAAAUUCUAUGUCCAAACGACAACAUCAAAACCAGAUCCUUCCUUUUUCUUCUAUUUAUUCAUCCUUUAUUUUCUCUCUAUUCACAUUUAUACAUGCUUUCUUUGCUCUCCAUUAAUAUUUAUACAUCGCUUUUUUCUCUAUAUUUAUACACCCUUUCUUGUCUGUCAAUUCGGAUGGUGCAAAUUUCGAGCUUAUUAUCUAUCUAUCUAUCUAUCUAUCUCAGUCAGUCCAUAUCUAUCUAUCUAUCUAUCUUUCUAUCUAUCUAUCUAUCUAUCUCAGUCAAUCCAUAUCUAUCUAUCUCAGUCAAUCCAUAUCUAUCUAUCUAUCUAUCUAUCUAUCUAUCUAUCUAUCUAUCUAUCUAUGUCUGUUCAUAUCUAUCUAUCUACCCAUCCAUCCAAUUAUCUAUCUAUCUAUCUAUCCAUCCACCCAUCCAAUUAUCUAUCUAUCUAUCUAUCUAUCUAUCUAUCUAUCUAUCUAUCUAUCUAUCUAUGUCUGUUCAUAUCUAUCUAUCUACCCAUCCAUCCAAUUAUCUAUCUAUCUAUCUAUCCAUCCACCCAUCCAAUUAUCUAUCUAUCUAUCUAUCUAUCUAUCUAUCUAUCUAUCUAUCUAUCUAUCUAUCUAUCUAUCUAUCUAUGUUUAUUCAUAUCUAUCUAUCUAUCUAUCUAUCUAUCUAUCUAUCUAUCUAUCUAUCUAUGUCUGUUCAUAUCUAUCUAUCUAUCUAUCCAUCCAUCCAAUUAUCUAUCUCUCUAUACAUGUUUGUUCAUAUCUAUCUAUCUAUCUAUCUAUCUAUAUAUAUAUAUUUUUUAAUAUCUAUCUAUAAUUGUCUUUUCAUAUCUAUCUAUCUAUCUAUCUAUCUAUCUAUCUAUCUAUCUAUCUACUUAUUGCUAGCCUCAUAUAUAACAGGAGAGGCCGAAAAAAUAUAG